UUACUCUAGAGAUAUUCUUCAAAGAACUUAAUCCUUUCCCAUUUAUGCUCCAUCAGUCUACACUCCUAACCCAGUAUGCGGCUACUCAGAACCAACCCCGACGGUAGCUUCAGCCUAACCUGGUUUGUUGGUGAUCGGAUUCCUCGUUACGCCAUCCUCUCACAUAGAUGGGAGGAGGAUAACCACGAAGUCACUCUCGAGGACCUGUCGAAUGGUGUAGCAAGUAGUAAAAAGGGCUAUAAAAAGAUCCAGUUCUGCGCAGAACAAGCCAAGAAAGACGGAUUGGAAUUCUUCUGGGUUGACAGUUGUUGUAUCGACAAAACAAGUAGCGCUGAGCUUUCAGAAGCGAUUAACUCAAUGUUCCGUUGGUACCGAAAGGCGGCUAAAUGCUACGUCUACCUCUCAGACGUUACAGCAGCCAACUGCUCUCAGACUCAAUGGCAGUCAGCUUUUAGGCAAAGCACAUGGUUCACUCGAGGCUGGACACUUCAAGAACUCCUUGCUCCGCGAUCGGUUGAAUUCUUUUCCCAUGAUAACGAGCGGCUUGGUGAUAAAGUCUCGUUAGAGCAGCAAAUUCACGAGGCCACUGGGAUCACAGUUCGGGCACUUCAAGGAAUGCCUUUAGUGCAAUUCAGCCUAGAUGAACGACUACAAUGGAUGGUUAACCGGAAAACUACCAUUGAGGAAGAUUUUGCCUAUUGUCUACUUGGAGUAUUAAAUAUCCAUAUACCGCUUCUCUAUGGGGAGGGGGCAGAGAACGCGUGUUUUCGGCUUUUUGAAGAGAUA